GCAAAACUCAUGCAUAUACUUUUGAGUAUGUAACACAGUAUGUAUUGGUUUAUUGUAUCCUUUGGUUUUUUCAUGGAACAGGAAACGGAUCCACAAGGCUAAUUAUUGCGAUCUCUACAACAGAGGGGCAGAAAACUUUUUGCUAGGGUGGUUGUCUGAUCCGAACAAGAUUUUUUUGUGGAAGAGAACAUGAACACUUGUUUUCAUUCGAUUAAUUUGACCACCUAUUUUGUCGAAAUCGAACUCAUUCAAUGAAAAACAGAAGGAGGGCUCUCUGACCAUGACUCCUAAAGCAUUAUAUAUGCAUGUUACAGAAAUCUAUGGAUGAACCCAGAAAAGUCCCAAACAACUCACCGACCAGACAAGGUUUUUCUAAGCAAUGACACGCACAUUUCCCACUACUUUCUGUUGAUUUAGAUCUAACAUAUUAUGACACUUCAACCAGAAAAUAAAUAAUGUACCUUCCACCUCAUGUAUACAGGUACGCUUCUCAUUCUGUCCCCCUCCUUUUCAGCUCAAAGUUUUUUGGAAGGUAUAUAUCAUUUCAUAAAUAAUACCAAUUCACUCAAACCAGUACUUACUAAUGCUAAAUAAUUAUCAUUGUCUGACAUAUAUAGUCCAAAUUUUCUGCAUGUGAUCACUUACAAAUUAAGUAUCUAAUCCCUUUCUCAAUAAAAUAUAUUUAGUAUGAUCCUAUGUGUAUAUCAGAGAUCCAAGGUUGUUUGUCUCCGACACUGGCAUAAUAAAAAAGAUGUACACACAAAUAUACAUUUGUUUAAAACAGAAUCCGUUAUGAUUAAAGUCCUCUAAAUUUCACCUUAUCUGAAUUUUUGGGAAUAUGCAAUGACUUGCCAUAAAGACUCUAAUAUUUAACCAAGCAGUGGGAUUUGUUUUGCUUUUGUCAGAAGAAAGUGGGUUAAAUGGAAGUUGGCAUGGGUUGGAAAGAGACAACCCAGGCGAAAAGAAAUAUGCAUCAUUAAGAAUAUAUAAAUAAGGAAACCAAGCCAAACCAGAAAAAGCCCCCAGGGUAAUGGCAAAUGCAAUAGCAAUACUACUAAGGCAAGCUAACUCAACCAAACACAAAUCCUCUCAUUUACCUUGUCUCUCUUUUCCUCCAAAAUAUUCAAACAAGAAAAGAAAGGAAUUCCUCCCCCAUAUAAUAACACCUCUUUAUCCCUUCCACAAUCCUAGACUCUCUUCCUUCCUCACAAUGGCAACUUUCAUCCGAAAUUUCGCUGUCAGCUAUGCCUUUCUUGCAGUUUUCCUCUCAGCAGGUAUUGGAGUUUUUGUUGGUGUUGAGUCUUUUGGAAUCAACUAUGGUCAAGUGGCUAACAAUUUGCCACCACCAGACAAAGUCCUUGAACUGUUGAGCACCCUUAAUCUCACAAAAACAAGAAUCUACGAUACCAAUCCUCAGAUUUUGAGUUCUUUUGCCAACUCAAACAUUGAAAUCAUCGUGACAGUGGAAAACGAAAUACUAAGCCAGUUGGAUGAUCCUCAACAAGCAGCUCAAUGGGUGAACAGCCACAUCAUACCGUACCUACCAGAGACAAAGAUCACAGGGGUUCAGGUUGGGAAUGAGGUCUUCACUGAUGAUGACACCACUCUUAUUCAGCACCUUGUGCCAGCGGUAGUGAACAUUCACAAUGCUCUAUCUCAGUUAGGCUACUCAAACAUCAAAGUUUCAACACCUAGUUCUCUGGCAGUGCUUGCUUCCUCGUACCCUCCUUCAUCUGGUAGUUUCCAAAGUGAAAUCUCUGGGAUCAUGUACCAGUUUUUGAGCUUCUUGUCAACCUCCAAGUCCCCCUUCUGGAUCAAUGCCUAUCCCUACUUUGCUUACAAGGACAGUCCUAAUGGGAUUCCUUUGAACUAUGUGUUGUUCAAUCCCAAUGCAGGAAUGGUUGACCCUUACACCAAUCUCCACUAUGAUAACAUGCUUUAUGCUAUGGUGGAUGCUGUUUCGUUUGCCAUCGCUAAAAUGGGCUUCAAGGGGAUAGAGGUUAGGGUCUCCGAGACUGGUUGGCCAUCCAAGGGAGACGCUGAUGAGGUUGGUGCCACGCCAAUGAAUGCUGCAACUUACAACAGGAAUUUACUGAGAAGGCAAAUGGCAGGUGAAGGGACACCUUUGAAUCCUAGAAUGAGGUUGGACGUGUACUUGUUUGCGUUGUUUAAUGAAGACUUGAAGCCUGGACCAACCUCGGAACGAAAUUAUGGUCUUUUUCGGCCCGAUGAAUCCAUGACGUACAAUGUUGGCUUGUCUGCUCUUGCAACCUCGUCAGCAUCAACUUCCUCCUCCUCUUCUGUUUCUUUUGCUUCCUCUGCCGCUAGGGUUAAGGUAGUAGCACCAUGGAAAUGCAAAAGCUUUGUGAACUGGAUGCUUGUGUGUGUACUGAUUUCAACUCUUUACGGGUGAAGAAUAUCCCUAUGCUGUGAAAUUCAUGUCACUAUCCUCAUUAAGUACAGUUGGGAUUUUUCUUCCUUCAAGUGACCAAAGAGAUUCACCCCUGAACAAAGGCAUUAUGGAAUCUGAAGUUCGAAAGUUGAAGGUACUAUUUUGAGGAAAAUAGAGACCUACCAACACUCUGCAAACAAUUGAGUAGCAAAACCAAUGAUAGAACACAUGAGGAAAGGAAUUGUGAAGGGUUGAAAAUGGUGUAAUUCUCAACGUCUUAAUCAAGUGGCUAUGCUUACGUUCACUUACACCACCAUUAGUCAGUAGUCACAUUCUAGCAACUAGCAUGCAUGUGGCGGUGACCAGAAACUGAACUUAUUAUUUUAGGUAGACAAUGGACAAAAGCCAUCUCAUUCUUUCGAUGCAAGAUUAUGUAGAAGAAUAAAUUCUAGUUUCAGUUUAUUUGCUUUGAUUAUCAAAUACCAAAUAUAUGUUGUAUGUCGCUUAUGUAAAGUUUAUUUCCCUUUUGUUUGC